AUGGGACUGGAAUUACCGCUGUGGGAUAAUAUCAAAGGCAAGAGACUCGUCUUAGCUUCUGCCUCUCCUCGCAGAAAGGAAAUAAUGGAAGAUAUGGGUCUGGCGUUUGAUGUUGUGACUACUUUGGCACCAGAUGAGAAUAAUCCAGCCAACUAUAAAACAUCUGAAGAGUAUGUAGCAGAUACUGCUCUAAUGAAGGCUAUUGAAGUGUUUGGUCGUUGCAAGACCGAAACAAGCCUAGAGGAAGCUGAUAUUGUGAUCGGUGCUGAUACUGUGGUGGUAAUCCAGGGCAAGAUUCUGGAAAAACCUCGGUCAGAGCAGGAGGCUUUGGAUAUGAUUGGCCAAUUGAGCGGCCAAACCCACACAGUGUUGACAGCUGUUCAGAUUUUGAAGAAAGAGAAGGAGGGGUACAGUCAAAGUGGUUUUGUGGAAAAUACAAGUGUUACCUUUUCGAUCAUCGAUAAGGUUGUACAGGAAGCGUAUGUUAGAUCGGGUGAGCCAUUUGAUAAGGCUGGUGGAUAUGGUAUCCAAGGUAGUGCUUCACUGUUUGUGGAAUCGAUUAAUGGAGACUACUGGAAUGUGGUGGGUUUACCAAAAAACCAUUUGUACCGUAAGCUUAAAUUGCUCUAA